UGGUUCUUCCACCUGAAUCCUCUUUUGUGUGCCUUGUGUGUGUUUCAAGUCUGAUUCCAGAGCCAACGCAGUCGGACCCCCUGGGUCUCCUGGAGCACCAGGCAGCGGGGAAGCAGCAGAAGUGCAGUGGGACGUCACUGACGCGCAGCAACAGUGUUGGCGGCCCUCUGCAGAGCAUGGACUACUCCCAGAGACCUGGACAUGGUGUCUCCACCACCAGCCUGCCCUGCAGCCUGCAAGAGGUGUCGGAUGGCAUGGGGACAAAACGGCCAAACCCCAAGCCUGUGUCCGUACCGUACCUCAGCCCAUUGGUGCUGCGCAAGGAGCUGGAGACGCUGUUGGAGAAUGAGGGAGAUCAGGUUAUCUACACCCACAAGUUCCUCAGCCAGCACCCCAUCAUCUUCUGGAACCUGGUUUGGUAUUUCCGUCGGCUGGACCUGCCCACUCACCUGCCUGGUCUCAUCCUAAACUCUGAGCACUGCAACAAAGGAGUACAG